GUUUGUGUUAGGCGGAAGUAUUUCUACAGUUUCACUUAAGCAGGGUCACAAGUGGUGAUGAUUUGUUUGGAUUCAGUGCGAGGAGCGUGAUAGCAGGCUCCAACUAAAACUGACAACAAGAACUGCAACACGGAACAGACCUGAGGUCAUUUCAAACUGCCUCCACAAUGAAGAUCAUCUGUGGCCUUAUCCUGACACUAACUGUGACCUCUUCUACAAGCCAGAAGACAUGUCAAAUAAAGCCAGACCCCCAGCUUGGUGGCAGCCGUGUUGACUGUCAGAACCUCAACCUUACCUCUGUUCCUGGUGAUCUCCCUCCCAACACUGUCAGUCUGGAUCUCAGCGGGAACAACAUAACGGUUCUCAGGGACCAGGCGUUUGUGCGUCUUCCCCGAUUGUUGUAUUUGAACAUUGUAAACUGUCAAGUAUCACGGUUGGAAGCAAACGCAUUUAAAAGUUUAUUCCUCCUUCUCAGUUUACGCCUUAAUAACAAUAAUCUCCAACUGGACAAUCACACCUAUCCAGAAGAUGUCUUCCGUCCUCUACAAAGUCUUACAGAGUUGAACAUUGGUAACAACGACUGCCGUAUAAGAGGAACUACUCCGGAUUGGAUAUUCAAAUGGUUAAUACAUUUAGAAACACUGACAAUUGAUACGUUCCAACGAGAAAUAUUUGGAAGUGGAUUUGGGUAUUUGCAAAAACUGGUAACUUUGAAUAUAGGGACUGGAUCUGAUGAUGACUGUAUUUACAGUGCUAUUACCGUUUUGCAAAACCACACAUUCUCCGUUUUUGAGAAUACAUCUGUACAGGUGCUGAAUGUAAAAGAUUCCAAACUUCUUGCAAUUCAUGCUGGAGCAUUUCUACCUUUCAAAAAUAUUUCCAAAAUAGUUCUGGAAAACGUAAUGACCUUACCAACUGCUAUGGCUCUACGUGCGUUCUAUGGCCUUAAUGGUAAAAACGUAUCUCAAGUUCUCAUGAGAAAUUCCAACAAAUAUGUCAGUCUAAAUCGAAACCUUCAAAGCCAGCUUAUAACCAAGGAAACACUAAUUUAUCUGACACAUAUUUGCAUCGAACAUCUGGAUCUCAGCUAUAGCCACAUUAUUUACCUUGACGAAAACUUCCUUCUAAUCAUUUCGCGUUGCAUAAAAUAUCUAGAUUUGUCAAAUAACAAUAUUUUGGGGAAUACAUUUAUAUUUUUCCAAAUGAGUUUAUGUAAAAAUCUGUUGUUUUUAGAUGCUUCUGGUCAAAGUAAAUUUAAUAAACGCAGGUAUGACUUAGGACAAGGCAAUUUAAACUCUCAGUUUAAAGUGACUGAAAACGGACUCUAUAAUCUUUAUAGGCACAGAAUUAGUCCCGAAAAUUGUUCUGUAUCAAAGUUAGAAUCAGUAGGGGCGGGAAUACGUUUUCCUCCUAAUCUACGUAUCUGUAUAUUAAGUGGAAUAACUCGUUAUUUUGGGGAGUUUUUUAUAACGGGUAUUACAGGUUCGGCACAUUUAGCAAAAUUAGAUCUGUCCUACAAUGGAGCAUGGGGCUUUGUAAAGCAAAUUAACGGGUUGAGCUUCUUAAAUGAAGUCGAUCUUUCUGGCAAUGAAGGUAGGGGGAUGACAAAAGAUUUCUUGCUCUCAUUUCCAAAUAUGACGUCUCUUGCAUUGAACAAUAUGGGUUUCGACAAGGAAACACUCAGAAGAGGAGGGUCAGUACUGGAGGGACUAAAGACGAUGCAUGCUUUACGUUAUUUAGAUAUAGUAGGGAAUGACAUACGGUAUAUGGAUAUGGGUUCAAUCAGGACACUGAUCAGUCUGAAUGUGUCCAGAAAUAACCUUGUGUCUGUUCCUUUUGAACACAAUGACCUGCCUGACCUGCACAUCCUGGACCUAUCAGUGAACUCCAUCACCUACUUUGACGACGACACAAUGGAUAUGUUGGAGAGUCUCGGACAGAAGAACAAGCUGGUCCUGAGGCUGAAGGGAAACCCUCUCUCCUGCUCAUGCCAUUCUCUCUUGUUUGUUCGGUGGAUAUUUUCAUCGUCGGUUACCUUUGACAGCAAUGGGAACUAUUCAUGUGUUACUGAAUAUGGUGCUCUUACAACAACCCACACAGUGUACAACGAGUUUAAUUACCACUGGACUUCAUGUCAAGGUCGAUUUUGGCUGCCAGUCUCCAUAACACUGAUGUGUUUAAUAGCUCUUCUACUUGUGUCUGCCAUGCUGGUGUCACGGAACUGGACAAGGAUUGCACAUCACAUUUUGGUACUCAUGGGUCGUGGGAUCCAGCGGGUCACUAGACAAAACUUCAACAAAGAUGCUUACGUAGCCCACUCGGAUGAAGAGCUUCAGUUUGUUAUGCAAGAUCUACGUAUAGGACUGGAGGAUCUACUUGGACUGAAGCUUAUUCUGCCCCACAGAGAUUUCCUACCUGGUCAGUUUGUAGCUGACCAUGUUGUAGAAAGCAUUAACAAAAGCUGGAAGACAGUACUGGUUGUGUCCGACGAUUUCCUGGAUGACCCCUGGUCCUACUUUAUCAUUAAGUCAACAGCUUACUACAUUUCCAACCUCAACCCUAACAGAGUGAUUCUGCUCAUGGUGGGAAACGUGAACCGUGGUCGACUUCCUGAACUGCUGCUGAAUGUAACUGACGAGGAGGAUAUCAUCCAACUUGAUGACUUCCCUGAUCCUCACAGUGAUGUAUGGGUCCAUGUAAGGGACAGAAUUCUGACACAAGCAGUAUAGGUUGAAUGCAAAAUAUGUCACUGACUAAAACCCUUUUUGUGUAGUAUAAAUCAUCUGGUUCUGUCA